AUGCUCGACAGAAACGACUGGCAUACUUCGAUUUCAGUUCAAGAUGAAUAUACAUACACGUAUCACCGCAAAUUGCGUGAUGACCAGUUGUCUGGAAAAUAUGAGAGAAUAAGUCCGCCAAAGCAGCCCUCCACUGACGGCGUUUUGGUUCACAAAUUGUCCUCCCAUCGCUUCUCUCAGCAACAACUAGCCAUUCUAUCCUAUGACGCAAAGUUCAGCACAAGAGAUGCUCGACUAAAAGACUUUAUUACAUUCUUCGAAUCAGCGCUCCAGAAGUGUGAGACAGGCGAGGAGUGCCAAAACGUCAUGCGACAACAAGUGUCGACCUUACUCCUCCAACAUAAACGCCAGACGACGAUUUCUAUGGCAGAAGAUCGAGAACUUCUGAAGAUACGAAAAAUGAAGGAUAUCGUCACCCUGCCCGCCGACAAGGGGCGCUCUACUGUCGUCAUGGAUAAGGCUGAGCACUGCACAAAACUAGGCAACCUCUUAAUGGACAAGGGAACUUAUGUGCCAUCGACUGUCAGCGAGUUCAAAAAGCUCGUAAAUAGCAUAAACAAGGCGAUCGGCAAGCUAUGGAAGGCGGGCGCUCUUACUAAAAGGGAAGCUCUGGCCGCAAAAGCCAGUGAUGCCGCAAUGGCGCGCUUCUACGGCUUACCAAAGGUCCACAAGCCGGGAGUGCCGCUACGCUUCAUCGCCUCCUUACGUGAAACCCCAACCUUUGGGCUGUCAAAGUGGCUGUACCAGCGACUUUGUUUCCUUACCAAAAAUUCAGAGUGGACAGUGAAGUCGGCUGACGAGUUUUGUCGCGCAUCAAACGUCUCGAAGUGGAUGCAGAUGAGGGGAUGGUGUCUUUUGACGUGA